AUGACUUGCGGGCCGUCACCUACAUCGUGCACGAACUCUACCCGGCGUGAACCAUUGAGUUCAGACGCAUUCCCCCGGGCGGUACUGGAGUCAUCAGAUGGCGGGGUCGCCAAUAUCGAGACUAAUCACGAUCAGGAAGAAGACAGGUGCACUUCCUUCGUCGAGGACACUACUAGCGACGGAAGAUCGGCGCUGUGCUGCGAACCGGAAGUGCGACCGGAGAGCGCACCGAAAAACCUGCCUGCGCUGCCAUUUUCUGUAAAGCCCGUGCUGGACCUCGACCGAGUAGUAAAGCAAGAGAGAGACGCGGUCUCGACUUCCUGUGAUUCGGACGCUGCCGGAGAAGGGAGGCAGGGUGAAUUGGGCAACGAUAACCACUUUGAACCACCGUCUGGCCCGUGUGCAGCGGACCCUGCGUCUGGUGGCAACGUCGUCCUCAACGGAAGUCCUGACCCCGCGUCAAGCGCUGGCAUCGUCAGCAACGAGAGUCCGGAACGCUAUUCAAAAGUGCACAUCCCCAACAACUGUGAGCUACCGCCGUCUACACCAAGCGAUGUCCACGCCAAAGGAGGGCCACGCAAGAGGCGCACCUCCAGCUGCGACCACGUUGGCAACGACGCAAAAAGUACACGGCGAUCGGAACAUACACACGAGAGAUCCUUCUAUAAAGGAAAAGCAUCUGCCGCUCCGGCAAGUGUCUCUGAGUCUGACUAUGGUCCAGAUGCUUCCGGACACGAGGACAACAGAGCAGCGAUCAGGCGCCCUCUGCAGUACGACCCCAACGACAACGGCGCACCUUGCCGGAACGCGCCCAAUGGCACUGCCUGCCAGAAAUCGGCACAGGCACAGUCAAGCUCCAAGGAAGACGAGGUGGCCCCCACGCCGCAGUCCCGCGGUCGCUCUACCAAGACCUGGCGGUGUCCGUCGUGCUCCAAGGUGCUCGCCUCCAGGUCCAGCCUGUACCAACACCGCCGUCUGGUGCACGAUAGGCUCAGGCCCCUGAAGUGCCCUCACUGCGACAAGGCGUUCGGCCUAAAGAGAUCGCUGCAGGACCACAUCCGCGCCUUGCACACCAGAGAGCGGCCGUUCGAGUGCCCGCACUGCACCAGGCGGCUGUCCAGUUCGUCGUCCCUCAGCAAGCACCGUCUGGUGCACGUGGACGACCGUCCGCACAAGUGCGCGAGUUGCGGCAAGCGGUAUCGCGGGUUGCGCACCCUCGAAAACCACGCUCGCUCGAAACACCCGACUGAUGUUUGCGUGGUCUGA